UGUAGCAAUUUCGGUAAUCCCAGAACUAUCCCUCAUUUGAUAAAAGAGUGGAGCACAUGCGCCUGUCAAAUUACUGACGUCACAACAGGUUGAGGCGGUUGCAUAAAGGAAAAGAUAAUUAUGCAAAGAACAUAAGGUGUUGAAAUAUCUAUAAGUGUUAAAAGUGCAAAGACCCCUAGAUUUUUUCGUUCAGACUUUCGUUCUACAACAUAUGUGAUUUUUGAAACUAAAUCUCAGGUCUUAUUUAUUUGCCACCAACCUCUGUUUUCUCUACAAAUCGCUCAUAGACGUUUCUAAAAAAUCUGUUUUCUCUAAAAUCAAAAUGGUUUCUUCGAGAAUAGUCGAUUACCAUGAAGAUCUCGUGGAAGAACCCGAAGUUGAGUUACCUCAGAUGGUUUUUGCGGAUGGCGAGGAACCAGUCGGCGUCAGAGUGCUUACUUACCAGUCUUCUCGAGCAAUAAACACCAUACUUAAUGCUCUCAACGAAGCUGAGAUCCAGUACCUGAGAGAGUCGUCGUUUGGUAAACUCAUCGAGAUAGCCGAAAAACCUGCAUUUUCUGGUAGAUUUGCUAGAUAUCUACUAUCUCGACAGUUGAAGGUCGAAAAAAAACACGAAGCUUGGUUUCGGUUUGCCGGAAAUCCUAUUAGGUUUUCAUUGAGGGAGUUUGCCAUAGUCACUGGGCUUCCUUGCGGUGAAAUCCCCAAAAAGCAGAAGAUGAAGAAGAAGAAUAUCAACGAGAAACCUUAUUGGCCCGAACUAUUUGGGAGUAUGGAAGAAAUGCGAGUAUCUCAGGCUGUGAAGAUGCUACGAAAAAAAACGGUUACAGAUCCAGAUAUCCGGAUGAAAUUGGCAUGCCUUGCAAUAGUUUCAUCUGUGUUGCUGUCAACAAAUCUUAAGAUGAAAAUGCUAAAGGAGUACGCUGAGCUACUUGGAGACAUAGAAGAGUUUUUGUCUUUUCCAUGGGGUCGUAUUGCAUUCGAUAUGCUGAUGACCAGUAUCAAAAAAAGGGAUGAGAUAUCCUUGUCUCAAGAUACCAUUGCGCUUAAAGGCUUUGCUCUAGCUCUCCAGCUUGUAAUUGUUGAAGCUGUCCCUGCUUUGACAGAAGUGGUUCAGGAUGCGUGUUCUUCUUCCGAAUCGGAAAGUGAUGAUGAUGAAAUAGAGUCCCCUGUUAGCAAGGCAAGGAGGAAGACUUUGAAUCCUGCCCACGCAAGGGAAGUAGACAGAAAAUCGGAGGUAAACAUCAUAUUUAACUGAAUAAUUAGUACUAAUAUUAUUACCUAUAUUAAUCGUGCUUGUAGUAAUUAUUUAACCGGAAUUGGAUACUUCCAUGUUGUGUAGGCUGUUGUGAACAGCAUUAUCCCCGAAGAUCCUCAUCGGCCACUCAAUGAUUCUGUUUUGGGUUGGCCAGACGAGGUGUUUGAUAUCAAAGUUGACAACCUUUUGAAGCUUAUAUUUCAAAAGUUUGUGUUCUCCAAAGAUAUGUUCAAAGGUGGAGUAACAAAAUCUGAUGUUGAGAAGAUGCGGGAAGACUCCAAACCAAAUGGCAAGAAGAAGCAGACCCGAGGGAAGGAGAAACAGAGCAUAGAAGCAGAAGAAGAUAAAAUUUCACCAAUUGUGCUUUCCCUUCUCAAACCUGAGCUCCAGCGGAUCGAAGGCAAAGUGUCGUCUGGCAUUGACUCCAUGAAACAGUUAGCUUUGUCAUCUGUACAGUACAAAGAUGACGUUCUAGCCACUGUGUCUGGAAUGAUAAAGCAAAUGAAAUCGGAAAUUCUGGUUUCACUUGCCCAGGGUCAUGCACAUGAGGUUUCAGGGUGUCACAAUAUCAUCCUGUCAGAUGGUCAUGUCUCGAAGCCAAGUUCUUCGAAACAACUAACCGGUCGAAGCGAGGCCGGUAAUGGGCAUGCUGCUUCAGAGUGUCACCCAAUCAAUCCGUCUUCUUCCAAUGCAUCUAUCCCACCUUGUUCCAACCAACCUGCAGUGGAAGGUGAUGACGAGAAUAACAGGGUGAUCGCUAAUGUGUUGGAAAAUCUCAGUCAUUAUUCAACUCCUCCUGGAUCACCCAACCAACCACCUGUAAGAAUCUUCCUGUAGUGCAUAACCGGUUAUUUGUAAGAAAGAAAUCACCGGCUAUUUGAAGAUAAAUCCGGCUUCAUGAUUGCCUCAUCAUAUAGAUUGAGUAAACAUAUAUUAAAUCCAUAAUUAUAAGUGUGUUACCGGUUUCAAUUAGUGUAUUCCGAUUUCACUUUUUAGGUUUCCGACGGACGUGGUCAAGACGAAAUCUCUUCACUACCAACCGGUGGUAAGCUGGGUGAAAGCAAACAUCAACUCAGGUCUAUAUCUCGUCCGGAACUUAAUGUAAGUAUGUCUAUAUUAAAUUUUGUAACUUACUACAUAUGUUGAUUUGGGUUACAGAUAUUUAUCAAAAUGUUGCUACCUUCAUAAUAUCUUUUAUUUUAAAGGGGACCCUCGUACUCGCCCAUCAAGAUAAAAAUACCAUUCCUCGACGUACUCCUCUUUUUGAAUUUAACAACGAAGCUUCCUCAGGAUCAAAACUGUUUGCCCCCGUCCAAAAAUGGCAGUCGAAACAAAAUCUCGCUUAUGCCGCUACAAACGUGAAUGUCGGAGAUAGCAGACCUCAAAUGAGUACACUAUCGGGGCACAGCGGAACGGAGGAUCGCCUUAGAUCAGAUGUAUGGUCUCCGACCUCUUCUUGAUUAUAAUGCUCAAUUUAUGACAAGCGCAGUCAUAACAAUAUUAACACAUAUAUGAUAUUGCAGUUCGAUCAACCAU